AUGCGCACAUACAUAAACAAAGAGAGCGAAAUUAUCGAUGUGCUCUGGAAGCAAGAUGUCGAUCUGGGUUAUACAUUGACACCACCGCAUUUGCUUAACUCAAGUAGUAAUGGUAAAGUUGCAGUGGUUUCUGAUGACGACAUUGAGAAGUUAAAAGCGCUAGAAUACCUAAAAUUAGAUCAGCCAAACUUUGAGGACAAAGAUGCUAAUGUAUCCGAUAUCGAUGAUGAGUGGGCUGGUAUACCAUUCACGGUGGAUAAUGAAACUGGUGAGUUUAUCCGUUUGCCUCUGGACGAAAUUCUUAACGACGUAUUACAAUUGGCUGAAUUCGGAAACGAAAAUAACGAAUCCAACAACGAUUCCAUCGCUUCAACAUCGAAAGCAGCGGCUGCAAAGAAUAAUAAAACUAACAACGACAAACCCAAAUCCGAAACUGGUGAAGAAGAGUUAAUUGUUAGCAACAGCGCACGCGUAGACAACGACAAAGACGAGGAUUUCGAUAAGGACUCUUCUGCCAAAACUGACGGCACCAAGGUCAAAGAGCACAACAACGCCGAAGAAGAAGGUUACAUUGACGAUUUCGAUCUAUCGCUAUCGGAGAUCGAAGUCAAUUCGUUGCCAUCGCCACUUUUCGAUUUAGAUGACGAAGCACGUGAGGAACUAGCCGAUUUCAAUAUAAUGUUACAAUCAGCUGCAGCAACACCAUCGCCAUUCCAUCACCAUCCACAUCAACGUGGUGCCGGCAUGCAGACUUAUGUUGGCGGCGGAGCGAAUAGUGCAUUCCAUCGUCAGGCGACCGGUUUCCAUCAUGGUCAUCAUCAG